AUGUGACCCCCACCCCGUGACGUCAGGUCCUUCUAGAGGAUAGGAACUAGCCGCUACCCUUCCACAUCCGCUGGAGCAGCGGCUUGUACUUCCGGAGCUCCGGAGGAUCCGGGACCCACCCUGAGCGCCGGAGAGUGAGUACUGAAAUCUGGAGGGACCCCGCUGCUUCUCCUCUCCUGGUGCUACUUGACUGAACUUAGUCCACGUUUACAACCACAGAUCGUCUCUGACCUAAGAAAUCCCCCUCCAGAAGACACUUCAUCGUACAGGAGGAUAUGACCGCCUUCAAUCCCCAUCCAGCACACUAGCGCCCCCCCAUCCCCAUUGUGACGUAGUGCAUGAGCGGUUUGCCUCUCUGGGUCCAUGAGGGAAUAUAAAGUAGUGGUGUUGGGCAGCGGAGGGGUUGGGAAAUCGGCCCUAACUGUACAGUUUGUUACGGGCACUUUCAUCGAGAAAUAUGACCCCACCAUUGAGGAUUUCUACCGUAAAGAGAUUGAGGUGGACUCUUCACCCUCUGUGCUGGAGAUCCUGGACACGGCUGGCACAGAGCAGUUUGCCUCCAUGAGGGAUUUGUACAUUAAGAACGGGCAGGGCUUCAUCUUGGUGUACAGCUUGGUGAAUCAGCAGUCAUUCCAGGAUAUAAAGCCGAUGCGGGACCAAAUAGUCAGGGUGAAGAGAUAUGAAAAAGUCCCUCUUAUUUUAGUCGGGAACAAGGUUGACCUGGAAUCUGAACGAGAAGUCAUGUCUACAGAAGGCCGCUCUCUGGCUCAGGAGUGGGGCUGUCCGUUUAUGGAGACCUCUGCCAAGAGCAAGACUAUGGUGGACGAACUGUUUGCAGAGAUAGUCAGGCAAAUGAACUAUGCCUCAUUGCCUGAGAAACAGGAUCAGUGUUGUACAACGUGCACUGUUCAAUGAGACACUCAGAGGGACCUCACAGACGGCCAUAAAGAGCAGAUAACUCAGAGGAACUUUGCACAGCUUCGGCUUUGAAGAAGUUACAGCCCAGGUUGCAGUUCUGAGCCUUGAUAAACCUGACUGCACAACAGCACAUUUGCCAUACCUUUCAUCGACCGCUCAGAGGGGGCGUGCGGCCCGCGCGCUCCCUCGCCAUCAGCAGCUGUGCUUAGCACGUUUACCCUAAGUUCAAAGAAAAACUUCUUUUCCCUCUCCUUUUUCUAGUCUCCUAUGUUCCUAUUAACAGCUGAUAUGCAACAUUUUGGUCUCGUUUUUAGGGGAGUUUUUUUGUUUUUGUUUUUUUAAAUCGGUAUAGUUAAUCAUUUUCUGAAUCUUGUAUUUAUUAAAUACUUAAACUCAGUAUUACCUACUUUAUGCCUUUUUUAGAAGACGGUUUUAACAGAGGAUAAUUUCGAGCCUUAAUCGAAUGGUUAAUUUCUGUAUAAUACCUCGAGUCUGCUCCUAACCCCUUCGGUGCCAACGGGGCCGGUGUUUAACCUUGCGUUGCCUGCCCCUUGCAUUGAAGGUGUGCAUACGGUAGAUUUUUUUUAUUAUUUUUUCCUGAAAAUGGCUUGUAUAUGCUUUCGAGAUUAUGUUUACGAUUUUCACGGUAUCAAGUGAAGCUGCUUGAAACGAGAUUGGACCUGAAGUUCUGGGUUUUUGUUGGGUCCAGACUAUGUUGGAAGCCAAACAAGCAGGUGAGAAAAGUCCCUGCUGUAUCCGCUGAUGAUUUUUGAC